UCCUCUCUCUCUAUCCCUCCCCCUCCACAUAUGUCUACAGUCCCUCUGUAGUAAUGUCCACGAAACUGUUAAGGUUUCUCCCGCGGUUUUUCCGCGGCAACAAAGACAAGGAGAAGUUGUCUGGUCACAACAAAUAUUGCCAAUAUGUCGAGGACGGAAUCAAGGCUGGAGACUACGUAUGUCGAGUAAUACUUUUGGACGACAAAGAAACCAAUUUAGCAGUAAAGCCAUCUGCCAGGGCCAAUUGUCUGCUGAGGAAAGUCUUUGACCAUGUCAAUCUAUUAGAAAGGGACUACUUUGGUUUGAGAUUCCUGGAUCAGAAUAACCAAUCGCAUUGGCUGGAUUCCAAUAAGACUAUUUCUUCUCAAUUAAAAGGGUCCACGUCCUUCACAUUGUAUUUUGUGGUGAAGUUCUAUACAGCAGAUCCUUGCAAAUUACGAGAAGAAAUAACAAGAUAUUACUUCUUUCUCCAAAUCAAAAGAGACAUCUAUGAUGGACGUCUACCUGUCACAUUUGAAGAACUCAUUGAAUUGGCAGCAUACAUCCUACAGUCUGAACUCGGUGACUACAACCCUAAGAUAAACACCGAUGGUUAUGUUUCUGAAUUCCGUUUUAUACAGCACCAGUCCAUGGAACAUGAGCAAGCCAUUGCUGUUUUACACCGAAGACUUGUGGGUCAAGUUCCUGCUGUGGCAGAAUACAGAUUCUUGGAGAAAGCCAAAUGGUUAGAAAUGUAUGGCGUUGAUCUUCAUCCUGUAAAGGGUGAAAGCAAUAUGGAGUACAUGCUUGGAAUUACACCAGCCGGAAUUAUUUUGCACAAGAACAAAAAUAAGGUUGGGAACUAUUUCUGUUUUUUUUUUGUAUUUCAGUGUGAUGAACAUUGGUAUGCAUUUGAAUCUAACAACAAAGUGGCCUGUAAACAUUUAUGGAGAUGCUGUGUGGAACACCACGCAUUCUUUAGUGGAAGAACGGAACGUAUGAUGAAAGAAAACCAAAGAUUCCGGGACCAACCAGAAGUGAUCAGAGUUGCCAGUAAGAAGCAUCAAAGACGGUCCCAUUCCGACCCCAAAAUUAGUGUUAGUUGCUAUGGUGAUCAAGUUGCAAAACUGCCUCUAUCUACCACGAUCAGUCCUGAAGCUAUUAGAAUGCCACGUCUAAGGAGUUUACCAGAACUUCCUGGUAAAGACUCACCACGAAGUACCAGAUCGUAUCCUUGGGAAUCAAGUUCUGCUGGGGGUCUUUACACAUCUGGAAAGGAUUCGCCUAUGUCUACAAAGAGUGACAAACUAAAGUUUCAGGUACAGCGCCGUGCUAUGUCAGGCAGUGACAGCGAACACAACUAUAAGAAAAGGUACACAUCUAAUAAAAAAGGGUCCGACAAUGACAGCGAAAAGUCCAGUACAACAAGACGGCACAGGAAAGAAAUGACCAGCAACAGUGAUUCUGAUGUAUCUUGUCGCAGACCUCCCUUAUACCCAUCCCGAGGUGGACUUAGUUCAGGUGACAAUUCACGGCCAUCAACAGUCAGAGAGGAUACUGUCUCUCCAAGUCAUUCUUCUACAACUGUUGGCGGUGGUGGAGUUGGUGCUACAGCUGAUGGGAUCCAGAAACGGAGAAGACGAAGACGAAGUAAAUCCCCAAACAGACGUCCUCCUGAAGAACUGAAAAACCAUUUUGUCUACAACUUGAUUGAGACUGAAGAUUGGCCUGAAGAUCAACUGAAGGAAAUUCCUUACACAAAAGUCGAGACAAAGAGCCAACCUUUCCGAAUCAAACAUUCUCCAAAAUCAAAACAUUAUGCCAAAUCCAGGAGUCGCAGCUGUGGAGACAAAAUCGGUUCUCGGAAUCCCCAGUCGUCCAUUCACGGAGUCGAGGAAGAGGAAGAAGAAGUAGAAGGAAUGGGUGAAACAAACGAUGGCAAUUUGUCCCCCUAUAGUAGACAUUCUAAGGAGACAUCUCCCCCGCCUCCAGCAUACAGUUCCUUAAAUGAACCAGUGAGUAUCAGAAAAGACCAGGUGAAAGCUACUUCUAAUUACAGAUACCAAACUACUGAAACAGUGGAACCUUCCCCUACCAUAACACAAGACCCACCAAUGAGUCAUAAGACUUCCUCUUCCUCCAGACAUACCAGAUCUGCCGUUCCCGUUGGGACACCAGAAUCUAGACGACCCAGAUCCCAUAAUGAACAUGUGACUAGAAUUUCAUAUUGCUCAGAACCUGGAGCAGAGAGUGAUACUCCAGGGCAUCACUCAAGUAGACAUGGGCUGGAAAGUGACACUCCUGGACAUCACACCAGUAGACAUGGAGUGGACAGUGACACUCCAGGGCAUCACUCCAGUAGACAUGGAGUGGAGAGUGACACUCCAGGGCAUCACUCCAGUAGACAUGGAGUGGACAGCGACACUCCUGGUCAUCACUCUAGCAGACGUGCAGAGAGUGAUCAUUCUGGCCACAGACAUAACAGACACGACAGGUCAUCAAACUGGCAGAGUCCAACAACCACAGACAGCCCUACUUCUGGGUCUUACACACCGGUGCACUCAGGACGACGGGCAUACAACCAACAUGAAGACAGUGACUAUGGUAGUUACACACCUGUCCACCGAUCGAGACAAACCCACCAUUACUCACAAACGGACAGGACACGUGAGCAAGGGGGAAACUAUCGACCAUCGCAUAGAUCUCGACACAGCGACACACGUAGUGGUGGCAGCAGUUCACAUUCUCAUCAACAUCGAUCGGGUUCCCAUGGUGAUCGGGAAGGUCACUCGAGGUCACGACCUAGUUCCCAUGUUGACAGAGAAAGCCAUUCUUCAUCCAGGUCACGACACAGUCGAACUCCAGAAGAUAAUGACCCAGGACGGCCACCAAUGAAUAAAGAUUUAAAUUUAACAGUUGUUUUCCACGAAGGACAGACCAAUGAAGAAGCUACGGAACUGUAAACUCAGGGAGGUGUUAUAGACCCCCACCUCUUCCCAGUCAGUACAGAACAACCCUCCUUCCUAAUCAACGAUGCAGACCACACCCUUGGUCAAUACAGUUCCUGUAAAGUAUCCCAGAUGUAAAUGGAAUUAUAAUACAAGGCUAAGAAAACUAAUACAGACCACAGCUGCAAUAUAAGUGAUACUCUUAAACAGAGGCCACACCCUCUCAGUUACUUGAGACCACACCCUCAAUCAAUACAGACUGCACUUUCAAUCAACAUGGGCCAUGCCCUCUCGUCUAAUCAAGACUAUACAUGCCCAAUGAACAAAAGGCCAUACCUCCAAUCAAUAGCCACCUCACGAGAUCUAAAAAGUGAAAUAUGCAAUAAAUGGAAGUCUAGUUAAAAGUAUCAAAAACUAUGAAUCUACAGUUUACGAGUUCAAAUGAUGUUAACCGUUUUAGUGUCCCUCUAUUCAGACUUGCUAUUUUAAAUAUUUGUACAUAUCACAUGGAUUAUAUAUGAGAUAGUCAAAUUUGUUAUAUAUAAACGUAUAUACAUAUAUAUAUAUAUCUUGGAGAUGAGUACUGAAGUUAUCAUGUGCUAGGUUUGAGAACAGAAAUUUUUCACUACAUGAAACCAUUGGUAACCUUGUUAACCCACAAUAAAUAAAUAAAUAUUUAUAUAUAUAGAUAUAGAUAUCUGAUAGGUAACCCGGGUUAAGUCCAUAGAAUGGCUUUGCAUAGGUUUUUGAGAAUCAAGAAUUUCCACAUGCAUAUAUUAUAUUUCCAUGUGCCACUUGUUCGGAUUUAAACACAGUUAUCUACAUGCAUACACAUGCUAUACCUUUUAUCAUUAUAAAUAUGUAUGCGUUUGUGUACCUGGUAGAACAUGGAAUUUUCAACUAUAACUUUUAAUACCUGAACAUUUUGAAAUCCAUCUCCUAGUCUCAUGAUUGAUUCUGUGUUUUCAUCUCUGGAUUGAACAUAUCAAAUACCAGUAAUAUAUUAGUGUUAACUAAACAUGUCUUCCUAUAUAAUAUUUGUCCUUGUGUUGCAGCAAAAUCAAAGUAAAACAAAAACAGUAUUUAUUCAUUUGAAAAAUUUCUUGAUAAAUCAGAAAACAUUUAAAAAAAAGAAGAAUUUUAAACGACAAAUAAUCGUGCCAAAAAUGAAAAUAACCAAAUCUAUUCACCAUCAUAGGUGACCACAAUAUUGUUGCUUCCAUCAGUCAGUGCCCUAUUGAGAUACAUAAUUCUUUAGAUGUAAAAGAACUAAAUUGGUAUGUAUGGACAUAAUCUAUCUACAUAUCCUUCAUCUGACCCAUGCAGGCAUGGAAAAGUGGACAUUAAAUGAUUAUAAACAUCAUAAGGAAGCAAGCUGGCAGAAUUGUUUCCAUUCCAGACAAAAUGUGUAAUGGCAUUAAUUCUAACUUUGCAUUCUGAAUUCAAAUGCCGCCAAGGUUGACUUUUCUCUCGUGGUCUGUAAAGUAAGUACCAGCUAAACACUGGAGUCAAUGUAAUUGAUAUACUCCCUCCUCCAAAAUUGCUGGCCUUGGGCCAAAAUUUGAAAUUAGUAUCUAUAAACAUCACGUGUAGAGUCUGUCAAAGAAAUCUGUGAACCAUGACGAAACGGUAGUAAGAUGGUAUGAUCAGAAAAAUACAAGUAUUAAGAGAAACUGACCAUUGAAACCAUUCCUUGCUUUGGCCUCCAGGAGUUUUUGGGAAACUGAAGAAUCAGCAAUGCAUUUUUCAAAGAUUAUAUCAUGAAAAUAAAAACACUUUGUACAUAACAUAAAACGAUUGGCAUUAGGAAGGGCAUCCAACCAUAGAAACCAUGCCAAAGCUGACAUUGGGACCUGAUGCAGUUCUGCACGUAGUUGAAUCCUGUCAAAUCGUUUAACCGAUGCCAACAUCAAAAACACAUUAAAUGAUCACGUGUAUAUAUUUUCUAAAGAGUGUUCCAGAAAGUGCGACAGAUUACCAAGAUUUAUGGGGCCCAGUAGAUCGGUUCCACACCCAACUUGUAUCUCUGGUAUGGUUUGACAGUUUUCAUAAUUCUAGACUAGACCAAUCAAAGGGACAGCUGCAUAUCUUAUAUAAUUGGACAUUUAAGUACAUGUAAAACAUGUGCACAUUGUAUAAAGCAUAAAUACCUAUUAUUUUACAUUUUGUAUAUAUAUAUAUAAAUGGAGUUAAAUGCAGGUGUUAUUCAAAGAUUUGAAAAAAAGGGGAAAUAAUAAUAUUGGAUGUAUAAAACGACAGUUUGAUCACAAUUGGAAGAUCUGAUCAUAGCCUGACUGACCGAGGAUUAAACAAUGGCAACUGUUAAAAGAUGUCAGGAAAUGUCUAAGGUACUCUUGCUAAAGCAUCUUAUUUCUUCUAUGUUAUUGGAAUCUGGAGCAGCCAUGGGCACUGUCUGUUCUCAGACUUUGUAAAAGACAGAAAACUCAUGAAAAUGGUAACAAAACUCAUUAUCAGAGAUGGAACACUGCUACAUUAGCCACAAUUCCAAGAGAAAUAUCAGAGCUUUGUCAGGAAGAAUAAGUCAAUGGCUCAGCUACUAAUGGUACUUUCAAAAGUUUAUGAACAGACUGCUCUCCAAGAACACAGAAUUUUCUCUGACAACCAUUUUGGAACUCCCACAAAAGCAACAACAACAACAUAGCAUAAACUGAUGACAAAUACAUUUUACUUGCUAGAAAUAGCAGCCAAAUCACUCUCAAACGAUUUUCUGUCUUACAAAAGAUGGCUCACAUUAGAUUAUAAGAUUGUCAAUACAUUUUAUGAAAACAGAAACUGGAAUGGUUACUGAUCAUAUCUCUGUUGGACGAAGGCUGAUCUGGGAUUAUCCCUUUUGUUUACCACAUUUCUGCUGAUAUACACUUCCUAUGUUUCAAUUAAUCUUGAAAAUAAUGAAGAAUUUGGUGAAAAGAACUGCCAUUACAAAGAUGAUGUUAGGAACAGAAAUUAAUGUAAAAUUUUGAUGGAAAGUUUUAACUCAGAUCCACAAAAUUUGUAUCACAGAACUAAGGGUUCUUGUGUGACUUUGUAUCAAAAGGGCUUAACAAGAAAGGAGAUAUUGAAGAUAAGCAGCUUAAUCCUUAAACAUUUAAA